GUUUCACAACGGAAUCUUAUUUGGGGGCAUGAUAAGUAGUUAUGUGUAUGGCAACUAAUGUGGUAAGUACCGUUAUCGUCUGCGAUUGCAAGAAGGCUCAUCCUAUAUCCGUUUCGGUAAUGCAGCAUUAAAGCUUCCAUAGAACUCACUUCUUGCUCGGAACUUGCGCGACCACGCCCGACGACACCACGGCGCGGAAGAAUACCGCCAGUCGCACGCAGGCCCAAUUGCUGUCGUGGUUUCGGAUUUGCGAGACGGAGCGGUUGUGUCCCGGCGGCAACUUUCAUUUAGAGCGUUUUUCGCUGCUGUAAGGUGCAACCAGCGGUGUGGACUGUACGGCUCCUCUGUCAAAGGAUUGCACGAUGAUCGUGAAGCUAUGGUGCAGUGAUAAGACCAUCAAGAAACUCGCAGUUGUGAGCAAGCUUGAUGCCGUAAAAAGGAAAGCUGUGGAAUUUGGAAUGUGUCGCGAUGAGGACAUGAAGGUCUAUCUACUUGAUGGAACAGAGGUUGAUGAAGAGCCUUUCAGCUGCUUGGCUGAAUCAGUUGAGAGUGGCACUCAUACGUUCACUGUGUGCAAUGGUGAAUGGACUUCAGGGGUGCGAAUGGAUGGAAGGCUGAGCAACAUACCCACAGAUGUAGUGCUGCUGCUUACAUCGUUCUUGCACUCGAACACGGGGCAUGACGCAGCGCUGGAGUGGAGUUUGAAGAUAACGCAAGCAGAGACCAGUCUGGGUCACAAGGAUGCUGCAUCGGUCGGUCUUAUACCCAUUGUGGUGUCCUACUUCAAAGGUGACCCCAGCCAACUCGUACAAGUACAUGAGGCUUCAACAGAAAUGACUGGCAAUUUUCUUAACACCCGGCCCGUUUCCCCUGUCGCAGUUGCACUUGGUCAGUCCAUCUUUCAAUCCACCUGCCAUCUUUUUGUGGAUAGGGAGCUCAUAAUGCCAAACAUCGGCUUGAAGCUGGCUAUUCAGUACCUGUUUGCUGUCCACUACUGCUUGAACAUCGAAUAUGAUGCACGUGUAGGGGCAACUCUUGAAUUUCUUCAGAGGAGACUGCAAGAUACUGGCAUCGCCGACUCCUCAAGACACAGGCUGCGCCGGCACAUCAUUGCCUGCCACCCGGACAAACGGGUAUCCCUCGGCCGGCCUCCACGGCCUCUUCCACAGCCCGGCCUCGUUGCUGCUCUGACUGCGAGCUGGCUGCUACUGGACGGCAGCCCGCCGGCACCGCCUUGGGAAAGCCACCUCGCCAGCCUGUGCCUCCUUAGGUGA